AGCGAGAGAGAGAGGGAGAAGGAAAGAAAGGGAAAAGGAGAGAGACAGCUAUAGCGCGCACGCGAUGAGACGGGAAACGUAACCGUGUGCCGUGCUGUUUUUAGCACACCGUGAUCCAGUGUGUGUGUGGGUGCGUGCGCGUGUCGUCCUCGUCGCCGCCACCGCCACCGUUUUUACUCCACUCUUCACACUCAGCCCAGCUCUUUAGUUGUUCAGUCUGCACUUCCAGUGUUUGUGUCCCACCUAGGAUUCAGUUAUACAUCGCGUGACUACUGGAUGGGAAAAAAUCAGUGCUCUCGUGCUUAACUACCAUGUGAUUAUAGCGCAGCCGAAAGCGAGGAAAAAAAAAAAGAAUUUACAUCCGCGAUCGAGUUGGCGUCAACACGCACCUUAUGUAUACUCUUGGUUUUGGAAUAGCCGGGAUAAACAUCACGCCAACACACACACCAGCAGACCGUACGACUUAGUUCGUUAAGCAGCAGAUACGACGAGCGUUGGAACCUGGGUUUUUUUUCGCCGCCCAGCAACAUACCUUGAAUGUGUUUACAGAACAACUCGACUGAUUUGUUGCUUUACGUUUUUGCGUGGUGACAGUUCAUCUAUUCGGCGAGCGAUAGGAAAACUAAAUUUCCCAACAACAAAAUGAUUGUGGUAGACGAAAGUGAACCGGUGGGAGAGAUCGAGCCACCCUUUGAAUCGCGAGAUGUCCAAAUACGAAGGGGUCUUAAUGUUCGGGAUUUCUUUGAAAUGGAAGAAGAAAUCGGCCGAGGUAAAUUCGGAACUGUGUUCAAGUGUCGAGAGAAGAAAACUGGUCUCCGCCUUGCGGCCAAAUUCGUCCAAGCGGCCAAAAAGGCCGACCGGAUCAACGUGGAACGCGAGGUCGAGAUCAUGAAAUCGUUGCGUAAUCCCCGACUCAUACAACUUUACGACGCCUUUGACGACGGCAAGAAAGAGAUUUGUCUUUUGCUUGAACUCAUCGAAGGGGGCGAACUCUUUGAACGGGUGAUCGACGACGACUUUGUGCUGACGGAGAGAGCCUGUGCCAUCUUCAUGCGGCAAAUCUGUGAGGGCAUCCAAUUCAUCCACCUCCAGCACGUCCUACAUCUCGACAUGAAACCGGAGAAUAUCCUAUGCCUGACGAGGGCCGGCAACCGGAUCAAAUUAAUCGACUUUGGACUGGCGCGUCGCUACGAUCCGUCCAAAAAACUGCAAGUCCUUUUCGGCACACCCGAGUUUGUGGCACCCGAAGUAGUCAAUUUCGACCUAAUCGGCUACGGCACAGACAUGUGGUCCGUUGGCAUCAUCGGAUAUGUCCUACUUUCUGGCCUAUCGCCGUUCAUGGGGGAAACGGAUGUCGAGACAAUGGCCAACGUCACCAUCGCCAAGUACGAUUUUGACGACGAGGCUUUCAACGACGUCUCGGCUGAAGCCAAAGAUUUUAUUUCAAAACUUUUAGUCAAACAAAUUUCGAAGCGCAUGACUUCCACCGAGUCUUUAAGACACCCUUGGCUCAGACCGCGGCCUCCUCUUCCGACAGUUACUCCAACUGCCCAGCAGGAAGAACAGCCUUCGUCUACAACUAAUACUUCCACGUCACCGACUCCUCCAUCGUCUCCGCCUACCGAACCAGUUCCUAUUGUCUCCAACAUAUCGUUGGUGCCGGAAGCAGUAGUAGUCAUGAAUUCAAGAACAAUGCCGACAUCCGUCUCCGACAUUGAGCCGGACAAACUUCCCCCUACACUAAAUAAUCAAAUUACAACUUCAUCAUCAGAUCAGCAGGAAAAACCGACGAUAGAAGAAAGGAUGAAUUCGAAAACGAAACGAGACGUUCCUAAUGACGAACUGGCCAAUCAAUCAUCUAUCUGUUCAUUAGAUAAUCAAAUUAUGCCUUCGAUACCAAAUAAAGACGUUCAGGACGAUCAGCCAAUGCCGGCCCCAAAAGUGAAUAAGUCGAUAACAUUGCCGGAAGCCCUUGGUGUCAAACAGGAUUAUUCAUCUACUCCAUUAUCCGCUACUCAGAAAAGUGAAGAUAUACCCUUCCUGCACAAUAACGAAAAUCUGUCGACUUCAUCGACAACGGCCGCAGAAGUAAAAGAUCGAAUGACUCAACCGGCCGUCUCGGAUGUUAAGUCGACUAAUUCAUCAGUUCCAGUACCACAUAGUAAACCCAUACCUCAACCGCUAAAUCUAGACAACGCGUCGAUUUCGUCGUCAACGCAAUUAGCUGAUUUUCCGGAUAUCUUGCAAGUUGCUAAAGUAAAUUUGAGACAAUUCGUUGAGCGCUGGAACUCGCAUCCCAACAGCCCAUUUCAGCUCAAUUCGGAUAGCCCCCGGAGAACAAUAUCCCUUUUGAUCUCCAACUCGCCAUCUCAGCUGGACGCUUCGUCUUCAUCGCAGCCGGACGCUUCGCCUACAUCUCUAAAGGGCAUGUCGCCAUCGCCACCUUGUUCGAUGCCCACAUCGCCAGUCGUUAAAAAUCAACCGACAGAAAAGGUGCUUGAUGCUGUGUCGGAUCUUUUGAAAGAGUCGGUCAAAACGGAAAUAGUCAGCACCGAAAAACAGUCAAAUCACUCGUCUGUCGUCGAAUCCAAUGGCACCACCAGCAAGUCCGUUGUCAAAACGGAAGCCUCCAGUUCUAGCACUACCGUCGAGACGGCCAUCGAGCAGACAUCGGUUCUACUCAAGUCAGUCAAAGAUUCUCUGAUCCGACAAAUGGAGAGUGGCACUGCUGUUCGAGACAGAACCGGUGCCCGUGUCUGGGAUCGUAAAGGUAGUUCGCCCGCCGCACCUCCUACUUUUGUCCAGCACCGACGAAUGCCUCAAGCUGCAUCCGUAUUCACGUACGCCGUGCAGAAAUUCGAAUCCAAACAAACUAAACAGCCAAUUUCGUCGAAAUUCCGACAACCUCAAGAACCGAAGCCGCAAAAACCUCAGCGUCAACCCAGUCAGCCUAAUAAUGAGCCUGUAGGAAACAUAGAAGACUGGGAGGUCCAUCCACCAGUAGAGGCACGGUCAUUUCUGCCCAAAAUCAAUAAGCAAAUAAACAAAUACACAAUAAGCACCAGUUCGUGUUCUAUGAAUAACAGCUCGACCACCGUUAUCAAAAUGGAAUCGCAUAAACCGUAAUGUUACUAAUUGCUGAUGACUCAUCAAUAUAGCGUUGUUUGUUGCUUUGUAAAUAAAGGAUAUUGAUGGUAAAAUGUGUUCAAACUGAACGAUCGUUUAGUUACACGGCCUUCGAUGUUGUAUUCAAGGUUGUAUUACUUCUGACACCGGUGAAACAAAUUUGUUGGAUGCAGACCGAUGUUAACAGCCGUUUUCCGUUAAUCCAAUUCACGUGUUGACUGCUGUGCGACAUUCAUCUAACUGAAAUCAAAUUUGGCAUUGCGUAUGUUGUGACCUAGAAUUCAUGUACUGUGAAAUUUAUGAGAAACUCAAAACAUUGUGAUUGAUGAUUGGAUUCGAAUAAAAAAUGUUAACACACCAA